AUGGCAGAAAACGCACGGGGAAACGCGACGCUGGCUCCAGGCACAGUUCCAGAAAUGGAACUCUCCCAUUGUGCAGGUGUUUGUAUAUCCCUUCAAGAAGCCCGAGGUUCUGCUGGGCGGCCACCGCGAAAUCCGCGACAUCCCCUCCGGCGCCACAAAGUGUUCGACCGUGGUUUCAACGAGCCAAAUGCAUUCGGUACGCUUCUUCCAAAGCAGUUCCUCUCGAUCAAGACUCCCACGCCCAAAUUCAAGUUUCAUAAAAAAGUUGAUGAAGGACCUGCGUCUUGGCGUAUUUCACACGAGCAACCGAGUUAUCAUUCAUCGACGAGCAACCAGAGCCAGAGCCAUGAGCCUUACCCCUUUCCUGACAUAUCGGUGGACGCCGAGGGCCAGGCAAUGGUUGAGCUCACUGAAAGUAUCAGCGCAGGAUACACUUCGCCCUCUCCAUACCUGUACACCUGGCUGGCCCUUCGACUUCAUUCCAUUCGGUCCGCCGUGAAGAUCAAGAGAAAGACGACCAGACGGCCGAUCGAUGCCGCGGUCGCCAACCUCCCACCGACAAAUGAAGAGGCUCAAAAGAGCGCUAAGACUGCAGUAGAAUAUCUGAUCUUCCGAGACUUUGCAUGGGGGUUACUAUACCUAGCGGAAGUUCCUAGCGUCCAAGACAAGCUGCGAGACAGAAUGCGAAGUGCCUUUGGCGACGCCGCACCCGAAAACCGCCCAUCGACGCUCGACAAAAUCGUCAAGACGUCCAACCUAUACCUCCAGGCCGUGAUCGAAGAGAUCCCCCCGAAAUUCGUGCGUGCCUUGAGUCUACCUUGCUCCUCCGUCAUCUUGGUAAGCAAUUAA